GCAAGAAUCAGAAAUAGUUUUUCUUUUUCGUAAAUCUUCUGCUUUAAUUAAAAUGAGAUGUUUUGAGCCUUUUUGCACAUUCUCAAGCACAAAUCUAGACAACUUUUUAGCAUUAAUUUUCAAAAAUAUCGUUAAGCAACAAAUUUUUCUUAGAAACUCAUACCGGUGAAAUUCCGGUUUCAUCCGGCCCGGUUCUAGCUCUGAUGCUGAGACAUAAUUCUGAUUCUAAUUCAUCGAAUAUAUUUCCGUAGCGGACCAAAAACGAACAAACAUCUUGUCUAAAAUUUUUUCAAUCAUUUGCUAUAUCGAAUUUUAUUUUAGUUAUAAUCAUCGAUCAAUCACUGAUGAUGAAUUGAAAAAGAUCAACGAUCGUAUUGAUGAAAAAAUCUCUCGCCGUCAUCGUCAACAACAACAGCAGCAACAGCAACAGCAAACAACUGGGUCGCCCUCAGUUGCUUCUCCUACAAUUACAUCUAAUCCUUCUCCUUCUAUCACUACUACAAUGACAACACCUUUUAAUAAUGAUGAAUUUUCAAUAUUUCGUGAUCGUCCUGUAUCUCAUCCUACUACAACUUCUCAACAACAACCAAGAACAUUAGCCGAAGCACUUGGUAUUAAUAUUUCAUUUGCUUCUCAACCUAUAUUAAAACAACCGCCACCAAAUGAUUUGAGCAACUUUAAAUUUCCCGAAGCAACUAAAGGUCAAAAUCUUCAACAAAAUGUAUCUUCUGAUGAUUUUCAACAUAAACGUGAUUCAAAAUUAUGCAAUCGAUAUACAAUAGCUUAUGAUUUGACACAUAAUCCUUCGAUAGUCGAAAAUCAAACAGAAGAAUUACCAGAUAGUUUUUUUGAAUUAACACCCGAUGAUCUUCGAUCAAUUAUAAAUUCUUUAAGACAACAAAGCGCUGAAGAUAUUCCAUUGGAAACUCGUACAAUGCGCGAUAGAAUUCAAUCAGUACGUGCAACUACCUAUGAAUAUAUUGCAAUACGAUUAGUAAUUAAUUCCAAUAAUGUUCUUCAAGGAUUAUUCUAUCCGGAAGAACCAUUAUCAAAUCUUAUUGAAUUUGCACGUACAAAUCUUAUUUGUUCUCAAAUAGAAAAAUCCGAUUUUUAUUUAUAUACAUCACCACCACGUGUUGUUUUAUCUGAUUUAAAGAAAUCAUUAUCUGCUUAUGAUUUAGCACCAGCUUCAUAUGUUUAUAUUGGUCAUCGAAUAAUAUCACCACUUGUUAUUCAACUUGCAUCAAAUAUUUCAAUAGGAAACAUUAAUGAAGCUAAUCAAAUUGUUAGAAAAUAUGUAUUUAAUCGUACAAGAUCAAUGAAUGAAGAUGAAAGUUAUAAUGAAACAUUAACUACAGAAACUAAUACUACCAAUCGACCAUCAAAAAGAAAUCCAACUACACAUAAGGUUGAUGAUAAACAUCUACGAGAUAAAUUUCGUAAAUUUUUACCUGGACAAAAAUAA